AUAGUCGAGAUUUUUUUUAUUGGGCCGGGGUUACACAAAUUUGAAUACAUACAUGCUGGCUCCUUUGAAGCGGAAACUUUGUAAUAAGUUAUACAGAAAUCUGAAUUCGUUCUUGCACGACCGCUUAGAAGUUUGCUUUCCCCAAACGAGACACGAAUUUUGAUGGACGCGAAACGACGAAUAAAAACUAACGAAAAUGUGUGAGUUAGGCAAUGGCUAAAAUUUGAAUAUACAUUAUUAUAAUUUUAGAAUUUCAGGCAGCAGUCUUUCUUAGCCAAUCACAAUGAAGCAAGACAUGCCAUUUCAAAACAUGAAUUUCUGUGAAUUGAGCUGCUCGCGUUUUUCUAUUUCCUGGAAGCUUGCGGGUGAAUAUUUUUCACACAAAAGCUAAUACUUGGAAAGGUGGACUUCCAUGUAUUCUAGAAUAACUAUAUCUUCACCCAGAGAAACAAGAUCUAUUCAGCUACAUGGACCGAUUCUUGUGGGUGGCUUUUGAUCCUACCCCGAUGAUUCUAAAGCUGUGAGGGCUUUUAGAGGAAGACUUUUUAACAUGGCUACCAGCUCUGUGGAUAAUUUAGAAGACGAGAAGUAUGUAGUUCUACUUACAUUUAUAGCAAUGAUAAAGAUGAGACGUGGCCUGACAUUGUUAUUUCAGGGAUUUGGGAGAAUGUGGCUGCGUUUUCUAUUAAGGAAGCCAACGGCGAUUACAACGCUGGAAACUUUCCAAAGGCCUUUAUGCUGUUGUCGGAGGCUCUUUCCCUUUAUAUUAACUUUGGACUGCAAAACGACACACUGCUCAUGAGAAUCGUAUGCCUCAGGGCAAGAUGCUUUGCUAAAAUGGGAUUCCUUGAUGAAGCUUUAGAAGAAGCAACGCCUACAUCAUCGAUUUUGGCCUCGAUGGGGUGUCCUAUGAAGUAUUGGAAACUUCUCAUUUUUAUUGAGGAAUCUGCAGGAAAUAUUCCCAAUCACAUGACAUCUGCCUUCUUGCUAUCCAUCCUUGCUCGAUCUACUCACCCCGAUUCUGCCGCGCUCGCUGACGCAUAUGAACGCUGCAAACGAAAGUUAAGAAAUGCAGUACGAGAGAACAAAAGUGUGGUUGAUUUUUGCCUUGGAAUGAUGCUAAUGGCAGCGCAACGGCUUCAGAACGAAUUCCAUUUACCUCAGAUAGCAGCUCUGGUUUACACGGAGAUUCUCUCCCUGUUUUACUCCACACCACUAGAUGUUUACUAUUUUAGAGCGGUUUGCUAUCUGCAAUUGGGUCGUUUUGACGAUGCUGAAGACGACUGCCAGAAAGUUCUUUGCCGAUAUUCUGAGAAUGUGGAUGCAAGAGAUCUGUUGGUAAAGAUUAAAGAAAUAAAGAGAAACAUCCACAGAGAGAAACAGAAGCAUAACAAUUUUGCUUCUUCUUUUGCUGGCCAAGCAACCGAGGGUACCUCUUACGAUAGCCAACAGUUACCAAUGGAAAAAUUUGAGAAGAAAAGCCCCAAGAAAAAGAAGGUCGCACAAAUGCCAGCAAGUCCUGUAAAAACGCUGAAAAUGAAGACGAAGAAGGAAAGAAAGACCGAGAGAAAAAUUCAGAUGCAAAAGGAGGAAGAGAUUCGUCGCAUUUGUCUGGAGAUAGAAGAAAAGGAAAAAGGUCAAGAGACACAAAAACAGGCGAAAAAAGAAGAUCAGGUCAGUGAGCCCCAACCAAUCAAAAUCACCUACGACGUUAUGGCAGCAUUGGAUGCCGGGAAGAAGAAGAAGAAAAGCAAAUUAGAGCGCAUUCAAUCGAGUAGCGAUGUUGCCAUAGGAAGAUCAAGUCGUUCAUCCAGUGUCAGCUCAUGUCUUGCAUUGCAAGCAUUGGAUGCCAGGAAAAUAAAGAAGAACAGCAAAUUAGAGCGCACUCAAUCGAGUAUUGACCUUGCCACUGGAAGAUCAAGUCGGUCAUCCAGUGUCAGCUCAUGUGUUGCAUUGCAAGCAUUGGAUGCCAGGAAAAUAAAGAAGAACAGCAAAUUAGAGCGCACUCAAUCGAGUAUUGACCUUGCCACUGGAAGAUCAAGUCGGUCAUCCAGUGUCAGCUCAUGUGUUGCAUUGCAAGCAUUGGAUGCCAGGAAAAUAAAGAAGAACAGCAAAUUAGAGCGCACUAAAUCGAGUAUUGACCUUGCCACUGGAAGAUCAAGUCGGUCAUCCAGUGUCAGCUCAUGUGUUGCAUUGCAAGAGACCAAAAGCCGAGGUAUCACACAAACCAAGGUGUCAACACCACCAACAACAAAAUACUCAGUAAAGCCUCCUUCAAAAAGAAAUGUUUCGUCUCCAUGCCUUGCCUCUGCUUCGGGUCUUGAGGCCAGCACUAAGCAAUGGAAGCCAAAGGCAAAUGUCAAGAUCAGUGACAAGAACUGGCCUUGCCUUCCACCACCCGUCAAUGACGUAAACACCAAAUCAAAGAAAUCACCUCGGGUGCAAGAUUUGCGAAAGGAUGGCAUAAAAUCAAGUGAUCGUUCCUCAUCGUUGUCCAGUCUAAGCAAUACAUCUAAAACUUCAAAGUAUGAAUCGGUUUGCAGUUAUGAAGAGGACUUUCCAAUUCUUCAAUUAGAUAGAAACCGAUUGCCUACUGUCUCAAACAAGUUUGAAACGCUUACGGAGUGCAAACCUGCGUUGCUGGCCAAAGCCGAAAGUCUGACAAAACCGAAAACCCAGAAAGAAGUUCCAGAGCAUUCCCAAUCAAGCUAUCAGCUAUUUCCCGUACAAAAAGGGGAACAAAUGCUAAACCAAUCAAAUAGCAGUGUUCCUUCAAUACGAUUAGUUGGACAAGAGCAGCAAACUCAGCCAAGCGCCCCAAUGCCGGAUAUAUUCACAUCGAGAAGUGUAAGCAAUGGGUCACCAGCACUGACCUCAAAUAUUUGGUCUAGCUAUGAUCUAUCAAGACAAAACAUUCCCUUACUGCAGGACUCUUCAUAUUUUCCUCUUGGAAACGCAAGUGGCUACCAGCAGCACCCACAGGCCGGCAAUGGGCCAAUCCCUGAAACAGUUAGAAGGCUUCCCUUUCAGCACUUCCACCAAGCAGCAGGGGCAGUCCAGAUUCCAUCCGAAGUGAAAAUAGUUUGUAACCAUUUCAUGAACAAUUGCAAGAAAAUACCAGAUUUUCUGUGCAAAGGCUGCGAGAACCGACAAUACGGUUACUAUGCCUUCUUGGACUACAGGAAAGGGCUUUGGUACAAAGUGAGGCCUUACCCGAGAAAUUUGCACCCAAAGCUUGCUCUCAAGGAGUGUAAAGACUUUGCAUGGGGGCGUGCAUGUGCACGGAAUCCUUGCACAUUCCCACAUGGUCCUGAACUACUGAUGUGGACGUAUGAGCGCGAAGGAGUACUUCCUCCUCCGAAUCAUGUGGACCAACACAGUGAGCAGCGUUACCAGAACCCGACACUGCACAACUUCAGCGGAACAGGGAAUCUCCGCCCGCCGCCUGAUGGAGUCUACGGCGGACGCUACAGACUUUGCAACAGACCUAGUGUGUGUCGCUUUGGGAACACCUGCUCGUUUGCCCAUGGACAGGAAGAGCUGAAUUACUGGAAAUUCUGUUACGAGCAGUCGCAAACAGACCAGGCAGAGCCUAUUGAAGCGCCGAUAAAGUCCGAAAGUGAGCUGCUGGAAAAUUUGGAAGGAGUUGCCUUGGCUACUACACCAGAAAACCCUAACGUCCGCCUUAAGGGCGACAAGGAGCGAUAUGACUACACGUGGACAUUCAAGCUGGACUAUAAGUCAAGCCAGGCUGGGCAUCUUUGCCGUGUUGACCUUAAAGAUCGGCGUAAUAUCUCCUUCUGCAUCUCCAAGAUCAAGGUAACAGACGAAAACGGACAAGAGGGAACUGAAGAGGUCCUUUCGAAAGACAAGAUGUUUCAUGAGUUUCCCAAGCGCCGUAGCACGAGUGACCAUUCUACAAAAGUCGAAGUGUGGGUAUCCUUCACUACAACUGUGUUUGGAAGCUUUAGCCAAUGCAUUUUGUUCGACUUCGGGAAGGGUCCGUGCCUCGUGAAGAAUUUCAACGUUGACAUCGUCAGUGACGAAGAACUGUAUACGCUGAAACAGGCCAGACAAGAGGUCCCCAAGAACUCGACGUGGAACCCAGAGGACUCGGUAAUAGUUCGUACAGUCACGGACCGACGCGUUGAUGCUGUGGAGGAGCUACAGAUAAAAUACCCAUGUCCAGCUGAUCCACAGAGUUUGGUAUCCACGCAAAUACUGAGUGGUAAACUCAACGAGCGUAGCUAUCACCAGACCAUGCACCAGCUGCUGUUUGUGGAGGAGGUGUUCAUGAAGCAGCAAAUUGCCAGAUUUUCAAUGGAAAGAGUCACCCUGCUUGGGCGUGACAGCCUAUUUUCUGAUGACAUGGGGUUCCAGCGUGCUGGCGAAGGUCUGUUUGGUUCUUUACCUCUACAGACGCCUGUCACGAUCGACGACAGUGCCGGGCGGUUAUGCAAUCGCAAUGUAGAGGCUAUGUACCUAAGGCUCUCCAGCGACCCCUGCAAGGUGUUUGAAGUACCAAUCCACAAACUGGAGAGCGAGGGGGUUACCAUCAAGCUCUCAGAGAAUGUUUGCAAAGAACUUAAGAUCCACGACAAAUCGGAAGUUGAUGUGGACGCCAUGUUUAAGCUGACUCGUGACUCUCUCUGUCGAAUGCAUCAGGCAGUUGAUUGUAUCGCCCCAGUUCAUCUAAGACUUCUGUUUCCUAAACCACAGCCUCUAAGGAUAAAAGAGGUUCGUAUUCACUGGGGCUGGAUUCUGGAUAAACGUUUAAACGACAGCCAGAAAGCCGUCAUCCGGGCUAUCGCUAAAAGAGAGCCACCCUCCCCUCCUGUGGUAGUGUUUGGGCCAUUCGGAACUGGAAAGUCGUUCACAUUGAAUCAGGGAGUGCGCCAGCUCCUAACGUCUGGGAAGAAUAGAAUUCUUCUUUGUACGAAGACUAACUCGGCCGCCGACAUACACGUGGAACUCUUACACCAGUACCUGACAGAAGAGAAUGGUAUACGUUCUGCUAAACCAUUUAGGAUCUAUGGUUCAGAUCGUAAACCCAGCACGUGCUCACGCACUGGCCUGCUUUACAGCAAUCUCAAUAGUGGUAAAGACGGGUUCUUCAUGCCAACAAGGGAAGCCGUCAUAAGAUACCGUGUUGUCAUCACAACACUUGCCACGUCACAGCUGUUGAUGAAGAUUAAGCUGAAUCAUGGCUUUUUCUCGCACAUUCUGGUGGAUGAAGCUGCUCAAGCCUGGGAACCAGAAGCUCUGAUCCCACUGGGCUUAGCGGGACCUAACACGCAGGUCGUCUUCACGGGGGAUCACAUGCAGAUGAGUCCAGAGGUAUACUCGAAAUCCCUAUUCAACGAAGCCCUCAGGAAUGCUCAGAGUUCAGGAGGCUCUCAGGAAUGGGGAUUACAGAAGUCACUGCCAGAGCGUCUCUUCGAUCAGUACAAUAUGUUAACGAAUGAGCAUUUCCUCAAGUCUCAUGUCAUGUUUCUAACUGAGAACUACCGCAGCAACGAGGUCAUUCUCCAAUUUUCCUCCGACUGCUUCUAUGGAAAAAAGCUAGUUGCCGGCGGGGCAGGAGAUAAUCUCCCUCAUCCGGAUUUGGGACCCCUCAUGUUCUACUCCGCUAGAGGAAAGGAGGAAAUUCAACAUGACAACUCUUUUCUAAACGCCUCUGAGGUUGAUGAGGUUGUCAAAAGAGUCGACGAAUUGGCGGAGAAAUGGCCAAAUCUUCAAUGGGGAGAGGAACAGCUGAGUGAGAUAGCCGUGCUGUCGGCAUACCACUACCAGGUCCGUGCAAUAAGAGAUAGGCUGAAGCGAAAAGGGCUUCGGAGAGUGACCGUGGAUACCAUUCAUAACGUACAAGGCCGUGAGUUUCGAGCAGUGUUCAUCAGCACUGUACGCACGUCGCAUACUGUCAAACCCCUGAUAGAUCAACACACAGCCGAGUGUUCGAAAGACGAGUUGUACUUCGAGUUUCUCUCCGAUCCAAAGCUCCUCAACACUGCUAUCACGCGCGCCAAGUCACUCGUGGCAGUAGUCGGGGACCCGGUGUCGCUUUGUACCGUAGGCGACUGCCGACGACUUUGGAAAGACUUCAUCAAGAGAUGUAACGACCUGAGAGCUUUUUAUGGAUACACAAUGGAACAGCUGAACGAAGAGAUAAAGGCAGUCAUCAAUGUGAUUGAGAUGAACCCUGCUGCUAAACCAUUUGUCAGCGAUUAUCAGGUAGAGCAGAAACAGGAGAAAAAUGAAACCGACAGCGAUGUCGAGAACGAAGAUGCUGCCUCAUUUCAAGAGCAGGAAGCUUCAGACACUGCUUCUGUGAUGUCUUCUGGAAAUGAAGAGGAGCUAGAACAGGAAGGGGAGUGUCCCUCCAAGUUGCUCGAUGAAACAUUGGAAGACGAGUCCGUGCCCCCUGCAGUUAUGGACGGGAUCAUUAGGGCUCUAAGGGACAAGUGCGAGGAAAUGCGAAGCAAGAAAGCCCAUUUACCAUCACUACAAGACUCCGAGUUUCCGCCUUUGGGCUCAAAGCCAGUGUUGAAGAAGAACGCUGGAAUAUGGAAUACCGCCUCACCAAUGACCACUCACCGCCUCACCAAUGACACAUCUGACUAUGAGAUCAAGCGAGUAAACGGAAAAGAGGUUAUUCGUUUGGUUGACACUGGAAUACGUUUCAAACAGUCCGAGAGACAACAACGUCUUACAGUUGUCAAUGUACCACGGUCCAUUAGUCUAGACCCAGAGAUCCUGAAUCGGCGAGUGGGAGAAAAUCCGGAGAGGUUCAUCGUAUGUGAACUUCGGAUUAGCUCAGACCGGUUUCGGACUUCCUAUGCUGUAGUUGCUGAUACGAAAACGCCGGAUAUAGUGAUCAAAGGUCAUGUCCGGCAAGCCUUCGACCGUGACACAGUAGUUGUCGACUUGAAAUGUGAUGAAGAUGCCAAGAAAAACGAGGAAAAAACCGAGGACAAAUAUGAGAAAAAUGAAGAGGCAAGGAACUCGGGAGUUAUCCUAGGAGUGAAAGACCACAUCAUCAAUCCUAAAGAGCGUCAGUACGUUUGUACUGCCGACUACGACAAUCCUGCAGUCAUGAAGCCCAUCAAUAAGUCCGUCAGAAACUUAAUAAACCUAACGUACGAGGGCUGCAAGGAUGUGCCAAUCCAUAGGUCUAUUACACAGGGGAAUGAACCAAUCUACCGAGUUGACUUGUUGAAGAGAGAAAAACUGUUAUCAACCCAAAACCUGUUUGUGGUUAGGUUUCUUCAGUGGCGUUCAGAUUGCACUUUACCUUUGGGAAUCGUUACCAAAGUGCUGCCGAGGGGCGAGUCGAAGGCUAAAUGCAUGGAGAUUUUGAAGGCUGAUCACUGUCUACGAGCUUCGUUCAAGAGUGAAACGGUUGAAGAGGUGAAAAGGAUCGUAGGGUACGUUUGGGAGGUACCAGAAGAGGAAAAGGAGACUCGACCAAGAGUCAACAGUGCAUUCACGAUUGAUCCAGAAAUGUCCAAAGACUUAGAUGAUGCUUUGUCUGUUGAAGAGCUAUCUGAUGGGUCGGCUAAAGUUGGUAUUCAUAUCGCGGAUGUCAGCUACUUCGUCAAGCCUGAAAGUGCAUUGGACAAAGAAGCACGCUUACGGGGGACAACCUACUACCCAAACACUGGUGACCCAAACACCCCUAUGCUCCCAGAAGAAAUAAGCGAAGGAUGCUGCAGCCUCUUGCCCGGCUGUGACCGUCUGGCAGUGUCAGUCUACCUGACGCUCGACAACAGUGGUGAGCUCAUUGGCGAACCAAAAGUCGUGCGAACUGUGCUACGUUCACGCUGCAAGCUAAGCUACUCUCAAGCUCAGAAGAUCAUUGAUGGCGAUUCCUCAGAACUCAAGCGAGAGAUACAGUUUCUUCAUAAACUUGCCCAAGCAAGAAGGCACAAGCGACUUGGAGAUGCGUCCUUUGACCAUUUGACUGGUAAGGAAGAAAGAGAGGACAUCGAUGCGCAUGAGCUUGUUGAGGAAAUGAUGAUCUUGGCCAAUCAUGUCGUUGCUAAGAUUCUCUUCGCAAAACAGCCCGCCCUUACUCCCUUAAGAGCUCAGCUUUCUCCCAAAGAACAUCGAUUGAUGGAGUGGGUUAGAGAAUAUGGGGACAUUGCUCUCCUAUCGCUGUCUCUUAGGAAGUAUGUAGAGAACCAUGCUGGGAUGGACGAGAUCAGUCAACCAGGGAAAGAUAUCAUGAUCAAUAAAAGACUCUGGAGCAAAAUUCUCGAAGCUGUGGAGGAAGAAGACUUCCGAAAGCUUACGCACCUAAUCUGCAGCGAUGCCAAUCACCCGCAGCUUGCGGUGGCGCACCAAGGACUGAACAGAAUCCAGACUAAGUCUAUCUACACCCCUUCAUAUGGUAAGGACAAAGAACACACAAGACAUCACUCGCUUGGCCUAGAAGUCUACACGCAUUUCACGUCUCCCAUCCGUCGCUAUAUCGACAUUGUUGUCCACAGGAUGCUGUUGAGAGAUGAAGGCAAGGAAAGGGUGUAUUGUGAGGAUGAUAUCUAUCGAAUCUGUAGAAGGAGCACCUUCUUUUUUUCCGAUUCCAAGAAUUUUGGGAAGGCAUGUCAACGGAUGAAGCUGGCUGUCCAGCUGCAAGAUAAGAACCAUGAGACAGAUACUGUGAUCGAAUCCAUCGCGGAUGCUUUCAUGUCCUUGCUUGUUCUAAGCAGUGAAGACGAUCAUUUGAUGCCAAAGCAAAGAGAGAUCAAAUUCGAUCACCUUGCACCAAUGACGGUUGACGUUAACAAAGAAACGAAGGAAAUUCUUCUGGCAUGGAGAUGGAGAAUGUACGAAGCACCAACUUACAACAGCAGUGAGGAGAACACAAAGGACUUGAAGAAAAUUGUCUUUAAGCAAUUCCCCGAGGGCCCAUCAAUUAAAGUGAACAGGUUACAAUGGCCAAAGAUAAUAGAAGCCGUUAAAACAAAAGAUGGUAAGAAGCUUAAAGAGAUCGUUCGCGACAUCGAGGAUCCCAUCAUAUCUCAACCACCUCGUGCACCUGUUUGCAAGCCCGGUGCUGCCGUUAAAUCUAAGCCCGAUUCUCCCAUCUAUGCGCAUCCUAACGUCGGCCAGACCUUGACACUUCCUCCGAUACCACCAAUGGCUGAAGGCCAUUUCUACGACAAGAUCAUGACGCUGAAGAAGUUCGAUACCGUAAAAGUGCAACUAUCUGCACACUUGACCGAAGGGGUACUUUGUCCUGAGAUCCAACUAUUCAAAGUUUCCCCACGCGUCAGUAUCUGCCUGGAGCAUCGCGUCCAUACCAAAAAAUGCUUCGCUUCCACUGAAAGAUACCCUGCGUCACGGGAACACUAUGAUACCGUUGAUAACUACAUCGGGUCAUGGAAACGCGUGCUGUUAAUGGAGGCAGCGGUCGCGGCCGUUGAAGAGGACCAGGGCUUCACCAUACGCAAUCUCCCUGUGCAAUGGCAAUGCAAAGACGACCAUUUCACGGGAAAAUUUCGGUUACUCGAGGACUAUUGCCGGGGUCGACAAAUAAGUUUUGUUCAAGGCGAUCUGGUGUGCGCCAGAAUUCCUCAUGGUCACUCAGAUGAUGCAGCAGAUGUUGCGGUUGCCCAUUGCAUCGUAAGCGCCACUUUUCCAAAGAAAGUAGACGGAAAAGUGUGGCAAUCUGUUGUCGUUCGAGUUCACCAGAAGAGCUCACGAUUCCCAGCUGGUGCAUAUGACGAGAAGCCAAUCAAAUGUGAAAUGAACUUCAUCCCUCUCUUGCUACCCCACAGGCGAAUGUUCAAGGCCCUCGUACUCGCACUUCCGGACUCAACGCCGCUGGCACUUGCCAUCUGCAAAGGCGAAGCUCCACCCCCAGACCACUUUGAGAGGCCAGACAAACCAUUGUCCAUCUCAGAAGACGUGAAUACAACAGCCUUCAAAAGACUUAAUAAAUACCAAGAAGAUGCCAUCAAGGAAGCCCUGACGCAGCCGUUCACCUUGAUUCAAGGGCCACCAGGCACGGGGAAAACCGUGACAGGGGUGCACAUAGCCUACUGGUUUGCGUGCCAGAAUCGCAAGACGCCACCGCCGGCCCAACCAGAUCCGAAGGAUGUCGAUGACGAGAAUAAGCCACCAUCUGCACCACCCCAAGUCCUGUACUGCGGACCCUCCAACAAGUCUGUUGACGUCGUGACAGAAUACCUUCUUAGAAUUCCGGGGAUGCAGAAGAAGAUACUUCGCGUGCAAGGAAGUAUGAUUCAGGAAAGGGAAUUUCCGAUUCCUAACAAAAUCAAACCCCCAAAGCAGUCCAGGAGUGAGGAUGAGCUUCGCAUUCCUAGCAAAGAAGUCCGAGAAGUUUCUUUGCAUCACAUCAUCCGCUCUGCUGACUGUCCUUAUGCCGAAUCCAUCAAACUCCUCGAACAAACAUUUAAAGACGCUAAAGAGAGGAAUGAUCCUGUCAGCGUAGAAGAUGUGACUUCAUAUCUACAGAUCAUCAGGGAGGCAGAGCAAUGGUGUAUCCAAAAGACUGGCAGAGAAAUCAUCUUGUGCACGUGUUCGGCAAGUGGCGCCGACCGCAUCGUAGAUCUCUGCGACAACAUCCAGCAAGUAAUCGUCGACGAGUGCGGCAUGUGUUUUGAGCCUGAGACACUCGUGCCUAUCACAUGCGCCCGCGCCAAGCAAGUCGUGCUCAUUGGGGACCACAAGCAGCUGCAACCUAUCAUCAAAGAUAACGACGCUAAGCGCUUGGGUCUAGAGAUCUCUAUGUUUGAGCGCUACGCCAAAAAGGCGAUCAUGCUCAAGGAACAAUACCGUAUGCAUGCAGAAAUCUGCCACUUUCCAUCAGAACAGUUCUAUGACAAGCUUCUGCUUACGUCUGCCACUGUCGCGCUCCGCACACCUUCGCCUGUCGACUUCUGGCCAGCGCAGGUGCUAUAUAGGAAGGACGUACCACGUGUGUUUUGCCACGUGGAAGGGUGCGAGACGUCUUCAGUGAUUAAGACUCAGUACAGCAAUCAGCAGUCCAAAAGUAACGAGAAAGAAGCGAAUAAGGCAGUGCAUGUUGCUAAAGUCCUGGUCAACAAGUAUGCUGUGAAUCAUGGGGAUGUGGUCAUCCUAACACCUUACAGACAACAGCAGGUCCUCAUCAAGGAGGGUCUCCACGCCCCGUACGACGAUAUCCAGGUGUCGACGAUCAUCAAGAGCCAGGGUAGUGAAUGGGACUACGUCAUUCUUUCACUGGUCCGCUCUCUACCCAAGGACGAAAUCGAGGCUGAGCCGUCUUCAAAGUGGCUAGGUGACAAUCUGGGUUUCCUGAGGGACGAACACCAGAUCAAUGUAGCGUUGACUCGCGCCAGGCGCGGUCUCUGCAUUAUCGGAAACAAAAACCUAGUUGAGCUGGAUCCCACAUGGAGCGCGCUGUUAAGCCACUACGAGCAGAGUGAGACAAUCGUUGAUGAGGCCUGGCCGUGGAACUAAAUAAACUACGACAACAACUUCUACAGAGAUACCAGUAGAAACAACAUAAAUAGCAGCGGCAGCAACAACAACCAUGCAACAAACCCAGUUCAAACGCUGCUAUCUGCCAGUUAUCUUUUACCACUAUUGCUAACUUUACAAAAGUUAUUUUAACACUUCAUGUCCAUAGAUCCGACUUGCGUGACAAUGUUCAAACCUCGUAAUUUAAGAAAAAACAGCUCUCCCUGCUGAUACUUUAUGAAUAGAAUAUUUAGUUGUAGGAUGAAAUAAAACUCACCGCUAUUCAAGCGAAAGUAAUUCACAAUUGCGUAGGGAUACAUAGCCUAAGAAACCAUGCGUCACGCAAGUCGGAUCGGGGGGUCUUAACCCCACUGCUUCUGGUACGUGACCUUCUAUGAGGUGGUUGUCACUUCUGUUGCGUGACCUUCUAUGAGGUGGUUGUCACUUCUGUUGCGUGACACUCUAUGAGGGGGAGGUCACUUCUGGUGCGUGACACUCUAUGAAGGGGAGGUCACUUCUGGUGUGUGACAUUCUAUGACGGGAAUUCACUUCUGGUGCGUGACACUAUGAGGGGAGGUCACUUCUGGUGCGUGACACUCUAGGGAGGGGAGGUGACUUUUGGUGCGUGACACUUUGAAGGGGAGGGAACUUCAGAUGCGUGACACUCUAUGAGGGGGAGGUCACUUCUUGUGCGUGACACUAUGAGGGAGAGGUCACUUCUGAUGCGUGACACUCUAUGAGGGAAGGUCACUUCUGGUUCGUGACACUCUAUGAGGGGAGGUCACUUCUGAUGUGUGACACUCUAUGAGGGGGAGGUCACUUCUUGUGCGUGACACUCUAUGAGGAGAGGUCACUUCUGAUGCGUGACACUCUAUGAGGGGAGGUCACUUCUGGUUCGUGACACUCUAUGAGGGGAGGUCACUUCUGAUGCGUGACACUCUAUGAAGGGGAGGUAACUUCUGGUGCGUGACACUCUAUGAGGGGAGGUCACUUCUGAUGCGUGACACUCUAUGAGGGGAGGUCACUUCUGGUGCGUGACACUCUAUGAAGGGAGGUCACUUCUGAUGCGUUACACUCUAUGAAGGGAGGUCACUUCUGGUGCGUGACACUCUAUGAGGGGAGGUCACUUCUGAUGUGUGACACUCUAUGAGGGGAGGUCACUUCUGGUGCUUGACACUAUAAAGGGGGGUCACUUCUGGUGCGUGACACUCAAUGAAGAAGAGGUUACUUCUGGUGCGUGACACUCUAUGAAGGGGAGGUAACUUUCUGUGCGUGAAACUAUGAAGAUAGGUCAAUUUUUACACUCAAUGAAAGAAGGUUACCUAUAAAGCGUGACACUAUGAAUGGAGGUCAUUUCUGGUGCGAAACUUAUGUGGCCUAUGGAAAUUAUUUUAUAUUUAAUUUCUACAUAUUCCCGGUUUUGCAAUCAUCAGAUGCACUGCAAGUUUGGGCAGUUUUUAAAAUUUUUAAAAAGUCAAAAAUUAUUUUUAUAGAAUAGUUUUAGCUAUAGAAUAGUUUUUUUAACUAAGCUUUUAACAUUUAAAGUUGUAGUUAUGUUUUUCAUCUACAAAAGGAGGCUAGAAUUUACCGCUUGUUUCAACAUUUUGUACAUUCCCUGUACAUUUUGAUCCAAAAACUUACAGCAUAGUCGAUGCACGAAGGCGAAGGAUAAUUUACUUAAAAGUUCAUAUUCAAUACAUACAAAUGUUAUGCAAAACGCUCGAUAUACUUAACUUUAGAGUUACAAUGCAAUAAUUGAGAUUACAUCGCCAAAUCAUAGUUAAAUCAUGGUGUUUAGAAAAGGUGUUUAGAAAAAAAUCCAAAUCAGGAUCCAAUUCAAUACGCACAAACAGGUUACGGAUAAUGUUUUAUAUACUGUAAUUUAGAGUAAACAUAAUUAAUUUUGCGACUUUCCAACUUUCUAGCAUGAACUUACAAAUUUUGACCUUUGCUUGCUACUUAAAAUGCCCGACAUAACAAUGCAUCAUAGGAAAGAUGAGCUGGCCUCUUUAAUAUUAUACAAGCAUUUUGGUCACAAGGCUGGAGGUCCGAAUGUACCCUACCACAAACAACCAAUGUGUCAGUUUAAUGCGAGAGGACGAAAUGAGUCAAGUUAUAAUACAUCUAUUAUAAUUGAGACCCCACAUGUCUCCUUUGCUUAACUACCUAAUCAAAGCUUGUAAGAUUCAUUCAAUCAAAAUUGUACUCAAUAAACUUUCUUUUUUUUUU